AGUGUUCUUGAUCUCGCUUUCUUUGUCACAGAAGACUUGAUUUUUCAUAGAAACCGUGGAGAAGUGAGAAGAAAGGAAUUAUGGGUACUGAUUCAUUGAGUCAAACAAAGCCGAUCCCGAUUCCAACCCAAGAAGAGGAUCCUUCGAGCCAUUCCAGAUCUCUCCUUUCUUUCAACACUGAUUCUCCUUUCGAUCCUCCGGCAAAAACAUCUCCUUCAAAGCCCAGAACCACCAUUAUCUUCAUUGCUUUGAUACUCUUCACUUGCAUUGCUAUUUCAGCUGCCUUUGCGUUUGCUUUCCUCUUUUACUCGUCUUCGUCAUCUUCUUUUUCAGCUACAGCUCACAACGUUUCUCGUCCUCUAAAGAAACUGGAAAAGCCGGUGGUUAUUUUGAUUUCCUCUGAUGGGUUUCGGUUUGGGUACCAAUUCAAGACCUCAUUACCAAACAUCCACCGGUUGAUUGCUAACGGGACCGAGGCUGAGUUGGGUUUGAUUCCUGUUUUCCCUACUCUUACUUUUCCUAAUCAUUACUCUAUUGUUACUGGCCUCUAUCCUGCUUAUCAUGGGGUUAUAAACAACCGUUUCGUGGAUCCUAACACUGGUGAGGUGUUCACUAUGUCCAGUCAUGAACCAAAGUGGUGGCUAGGUGAGCCACUUUGGGAGACUGUGGUCAAUCAUGGGUUAAAGGCUGCUACCUAUUUUUGGCCUGGAAGUGAGGUAAAAAAGGGUUCUUGGGAUUGUCCUAAAAAGUUUUGUAUGUUCUAUAAUGGAUCUGUUCCCUUUGAGGAUAGAGUUGAUACUGUAUUAAGCUACUUUGAUUUGCCAAGCAGUGAGAUUCCUGUGUUUAUGACAUUGUAUUUUGAGGAUCCUGAUCAUCAGGGUCACGAUGUCGGACCUGAUGAUCCUCAGAUCACCGAGGCUGUUUCUAGAAUUGAUAGUUUGAUUGGGAGGCUGAUUGAUGGUUUAGAAAAGAGAGGGGUUUUUGAGGAUGCUACUAUAAUUAUGGUUGGAGACCAUGGGAUGGUUGGUACAUGUGAUAAAAAGCUGAUUUUUCUUGAUGAUUUGGCCCCUUGGAUCAAAAUCCCUGCGGAUUGGGUUCAGUAUUAUACUCCGAUGCUUGCGAUUCAUCCACCUCCUGGUCAUGCACCUUCGGAUGUUGUUGCAAAGAUGAAUGAAGGAUUGGAAUCUGGGAAAGUUGAGAAUGGAAAGUAUUUGAAGGUUUAUCUUAAGGAGGAACUGCCAAGUCGACUGCAUUAUGCGGCAAGUGAGCGAAUUCCUUCCAUAAUAGGGUUGAUUGAGGAGAGUUUUAAGGUGGAGCAGAAAAGGACUAAGCGACAAGAGUGUGGAGGAGCUCACGGAUACGACAAUGCAUUUUUCUCCAUGCGGACUAUUUUUAUUGGUCAUGGUCCUCAAUUUGCAAGGGGAAAGAAGGUGCCGUCUUUUGAGAAUGUUCAGAUUUAUAACUUGGUAACUUCAAUUCUUAAGCUAGAGGGUGCUCCCAAUAAUGGUUCUUCAGCAUUUCCUGAGUCUGUUCUACUGCCUAGUCAGUAAAUUUAUCUCCUAAGAAUGUUCAGAGCGAUCUUAGCCAAAUGACUACAUAUAUGUUGAGACUGUGCAGAAGGAUAUUAGUGAUAUCUGGACCAGUUGAUAUUUUUGAGUUGCAGAUGUUUGUAAUUUGUAAGGAAUGAAUUUCUACUUCUACGUCGUCAAUAAAUUUCACUUUUCAUAUUA